AUGUGUGUGUGUGUUCUCCUGGCCAUAAAUAGGAGCAUGCUUGCUUAGAGACCUGUUGAUAUUUAGUGAUCUGACUGUAGGAUCUGAGAUCCUAAAAACUGGAGGAUAUAAAGAAUACAUUACAGCUGCACUUGUGGAAAAAACCUUUAAAAGACUCUUUUAGAUUUUGCAUUUCUGAAAUUUUCAGAGUUAAACUACAAACAUGGAUACAAGGAAUGACUACACAGAUGAUAGUUCUUUCAUGUUCACGUCAGAGUCAGUGGGAGAAGGCCAUCCAGACAAGAUUUGUGACCAGAUCAGUGAUGCUGUCCUUGAUGCACAUUUGAAGCAGGACCCUGAUGCCAAAGUAGCCUGUGAGACCGUCUGUAAGACUGGCAUGGUGCUUCUGUGUGGUGAGAUCACAUCUAAUGCCAGUGUGGACUACCAGAAAGUUGUGAGGGACACCAUCAAAUACAUAGGCUAUGAUGACUCUGAGAAAGGUUUUGACUACAAGACCUGCAAUGUACUGGUGGCUAUUGAGCAGCAGUCUCCUGAUAUUGCACAGGGUGUACACAUCGAUCGGCACGAAGAGGACAUCGGAGCUGGUGACCAGGGCUUGAUGUUUGGUUAUGCCACCGAUGAGACAGAGGAGUCCAUGCCCCUAACCAUUGUCCUUGCCCACAAACUUAAUGCCAAGAUGGCUGAGCUGCGUCGUGACGGCACUAUUCCUUGGCUCCGUCCUGAUUCCAAAACACAGGUGACUGUACAUUAUAAGCAGGAGAACGGAGCCAUGAUUCCUUUGCGUGUGCACACUGUGGUCAUUUCAGUCCAGCAUGAUGAUUAUAUCUCACUGGAGGAGCAAAAAAGGAUUUUGAAGGAGAAGGUCAUCAAGGCUGUAGUGCCUGCAAAGUAUCUUGAUGACAAGACCAUAUACCAUCUACAGCCUAGUGGCCGCUUUGUCAUUGGAGGACCUCAGGGAGAUGCUGGACUCACUGGAAGGAAGAUCAUUGUUGAUACGUAUGGUGGAUGGGGGGCCCAUGGUGGUGGAGCCUUCUCUGGAAAAGACUACACUAAGGUGGACCGAUCUGCAGCUUAUGCUGCCCGCUGGGUGGCCAAGUCUCUGGUCAAAGCUAAACUUUGCAAGAGAGUUCUGGUACAGGUGUCUUAUGCUAUUGGAGUAACCCAACCACUGUCUGUCUCACUCUUUACCUAUGGUUCAUCUGAGAAAACAGAGAAAGAACUGCUUCACAUUGUCAACGAAAACUUUGACCUUCGGCCUGGCGUUAUUGUUAGGGACCUGAAGCUGAAAAAGCCAAUUUACCAGAAGACUGCCUGCUAUGGUCACUUUGGCCGGCCUGAAUUUCCUUGGGAGGUUCCCAAGACCCUUGUAUUUUAAGAUGAGCAAGGCUCAAGACAUGCAUCCAUGAAACAACCAUAAAGACCUCUAACAGAAUAACUGAGAGCAAUCCUGCCCUCUCCCGUCCCUUUCUCUGUCUUUACUCAUCUCAACAUCUGAAUGCCACUAUAUACAUCUGAAAAAGUGAAUGAAAUUUUUCUGCUGUAGUGUAGGAGUCUUUUUUUAGAAGGAGUCGACAAUGCAAAAUAGACUAUAUGGCUAAAAUUAUUUGGACACCUAAGUAUCAUACCCAAAUCCCAUCCUAUUCCAGAUUUAGUCUCCCCCUUUGCUGUUGUAAUAAUCUCCACUUUUCUGGGAAAGCUUUCCACUAGAUCAAGGGUCUUCAAUCUUAUCAGCAAAAGGCAGGUGUGGCUGCAGGCUUUCACACUAGCUGUAUGGAAAGCACACUUGAACACAGUUGAUUGAAGACCAAGUUAAACUGAUUAAACAUGUGGAAUUGGGGGGUGUGGUAGCUUAGUGGGUAAGGUGUUGUAAGCUUGAAACUCAGAUCCACCAAGCUGCCCCUGCUAGACCCCUGAGCAAGGCCCUUAACCCUGAAUUGCUCAGUUGUAUAAAAUGAGAUGAAUUGUAAGUCGCUCUGGAUAAAGGUGCCAAAUGCCAGAAAUGUAAUCUGGCUUCUAAUUGGUUAGAAUAAAAAGCCUACAACCACACCAGCCCUUUGUGGGUAAGCCCGAAGACCUCUGCACUAGAUUUUGGAUUGUGGUUGUGGGAAUGUGCCCAUUCAGCCACAAGAGCAUUAGUGAGGUCAGGCACUGAUGUCAGGUGAGGAGGCCUAGGGCGCAGUCAGCGUUCCAAAUCAUCACAAAAGUGGUCAGUGGGGUUGAGGUCAGGGCUCUGAGCAGGCCACUUGAGUUGUUCCACUGCAACCUGGGACACUAUGGAUUCUACAAGGAUUCACUUAGUGCACAUGCUGGAUCAGGUUUGGGGACCCUUAAUUCCAAUGAAUGGAAAUUUUAAUGCUACAGCAUACAGAGGUAUCACAAACAUUUGGCCAGCACUUUAGGAGAAGGAACAUAUACUAUGAUGGUCAGGUGUCCACAAACGUUUUUUGACCUAUAGUGUAUUUUGUGGAUUUUCCAUAUCUGUACACACUGCAGCAUUUUUGCUAAACCCUGUUAUUUUGUCAUGCAAACUUAACACUGUUGUAAAGACCACUGGCAAGAAAUUCCAUAACAAUAGCUGCCUUUGAAACAAACUCACCACUUGGAAAAUUGUGUUGCUCAGGGAAUAAUUGCAGUGCCAGCUGAACUCUAAUUCAGUCAGUCAUAAAUGUGUGCAAUAUAUCAGCUAUAAGCGCAGUCACUUAUUGUCUCUUAAGUCUUAAGUACCGCAGCAGCUUCCACUGAAUGCUAGAUUAGAUAUACAGUCAAGGUUACUUUUUAGAAUCUUCAUAUUUUAGACAUGUUCUUCAAAACCUGUUACAACCGGUCUCAAACACACAAAUUAGCUCUGUCAUUUUAGCUGAAGUGCACUUGUCUUAGUCGUUAUCAUCACCACAAAAAGGUCCUGCUGCUUUUCAGUGAAAACUGCAGUUUAUUGUCUCACAAUCAUUAUUGUCUUACGCAUUACUAGGUGCUGCAAUACACAAAUGACCAAUCAAAUAAUAUUUCUCACUAUAACAAAUAAAGGUCACAAGGGGUGCAAAUAUACUUUUUUCAAAAAAGAAAAAAACUAUUCUGGGUGUUUUUACUAUAAUGCAGUUGCAAUAUAAAUGUAAUUGCAGUUUGGUAUUUUGUCCUGCUGUUUUUAUCAGACAAGUUCUGCUGAAAUGUGACCUGUCUUUGUCAUAUGUGAUUUUAUCUGUGUAAAUAAUUGUGAAUAAUUAUUAUUAAUAAACUGAAACAGCUAUUUAAUCAGAA